AUGGACUGGGGUGCAAAUAACGCUUUUAAAACCUUCAAAGAUGUGGAACCCAAAUCUAUGAUGGACAUGGGGCUCAUUCCAACCAUUGAUUCUGUAGAUAUUGGUUUGAGCUCCUCAGAACAGGGAAAUGCUACUCCUUCAGCCAAACCGAGAAAGAAGACUAUGACAUCAGUUUAUCUCAAGUUUUUCGAGACAGCUGCUGACGGAAAAAGUCGCAGGUGCAAGUUUUGUGGACAAAGCUAUUCUAUUGCAACUGCCACUGGUAAUCUGGGAAGGCACCUAAGUAAUCGCCAUCCCGGUUAUGAUAAGUCAGGUGAUGUUGUCACCAGUUCAGCACCACCACCCAUCACUGUAGUCAGGAAGCAUCAACCUCAAUCAAAAGCACCCCAAGUGGAUUACAACCAUUUAAAUUGGUUGCUUGUUAAGUGGCUCGUCUUAGCUUCUCUACCUCCAGCAACAUUGGAAGAAAAGUGGCUAGCAAACUCUUAUAAGUUUUUAAAUCCAUCAAUACAACUAUGGUCAAGCGAGGAGUACAGAAAAACAUUUCAUGAAGUUUUCAGGAGUAUGAAGGAAGUGGUAAGAGCAUCUUUGGAACAUGUUUCUUCGAAGGUCUCUAUAACGCUUGAAUUUUGGACUUCAUAUGAGGAAAUUUAUUAUAUGAGUGUCACAUGCCAUUGGAUUGACGAGAAUUGGUCUUUCCAAAAGAUGAUGCUUGAUAUCUGUCACAUACCUUACCCUUGUGGUGGUGCCGAGAUCUAUCACUCCCUAGUGAAGGUUCUUAGGCUGUACAACAUAGAGAAUAGAGUCCUAUCAUGCACCCAUGAUAAUAGUCAAAGUUCCAUGCAUGGUUACGUGGAUGGUCAGAAGGUGGGGCCCUUCUGUUAUAUCCCCUGUUCUGCUCAUGUUUUGAACUUGAUCAUAGAUGAUGGAUUGAGAACCACAAAGGCGGUGAUCUCGAAGAUUCGAGAGUUUGCAAUAGGGUUAAAUGCAUCCUCAGAGAUGUCUGAGGAUUUUACUCAAUUCACAGCAGCUUACCAGGAAAGUACAUGGAAAAUGCCACUUGAUACAUCAACACGGUGGAGCGGCAAUUAUCAAAUGCUAGACAUUGUGUGCAAGGCUUCUAAGUCUAUGGAUGCUGUUAUCAGGAAGUAUGAGACGCUAGGCAGUAGGAUGCUGCUGAGCUCUGCAGAGAAGAAUGCAGUCAGUAAUGUGCAUCGAUAUCUACAACCAUUCUACAAAACCACAAACAACAUGUGCACGAACAAGUUGCCCACUGUUGGGCUGGUUCUUUUCUUCAUGGAUCACAUUUCUGAGACAAUUGCUGCUUGCAGAGAUUCUCACCUUUACCCAGACUUGUUAAAAAAUGCUGCUAAAGAAAUGGCUGAAAAGGUUAGAGGUUACAAUAACCAAGUUUGCAACAUAAUCAUAUACAUGACCGCAGUUCUUGAUCCUCGAAUCAAAGGAGAGCUAAUUCCUGAGAGCCUCAACGCAGAAAAUUUUCUCGAUGAAGCGAGAACUCAUUUCAUUAGAAAUUAUUCGACGAGUCAUUUCCCAUCCAUGACUAGUGGAUACAGUGCUCAAGAACUAGAAGAGGGAUGCAAUGUCUCUUUUGCAGAGGAAAUAGCAAGAAAGAAAAGAAGGGCAAACAUGAGUAGCUCAACCGAUGAGCUCACUCAAUAUCUGUCGGAGCCUCCGGCUCCAAUAGCAACAGAUGUUCUGGAGUGGUGGAAGGUCAAUAGUAUGCGCUACCCACGGCUUUCUCUGAUGGCUCGGGAUUUCUUGGCAGUGCAGGCAGUUUCAGUGGCACCUGAAGAACUGUUCUGUGGCAAAGGUGAUGAAAUUUACAAGCAGCGGUUUUGUAUGCCGCAUGAUAGCACGCAAGCUCUGCUUUGCAUAAGGUCAUGGCUACAAGGUGGGAUGAAACUGAAGUAUAAGACAACUGAAAUAGAUUUUGAGCGGUUGAUGGAAUUGGCAACAACUGCAGCUACAGCUGAUAAUACCACUCCUGGCUCUGAGAAGAAACAAAAAUACUGA